AUGGGUGCAAGUGUAGUGUGUAUAUAUAUAGAAGCAGCUUCGUUGCAUCUAUAUCCAGCGAGCCAUCGUCUCUCCAACAUUUUAAUUUGUACACUGAAGAAGAAGAAGUUAAUCCAGUAUAUAGAUAGCUGCUGCGAUUAAUAUGGCGGGGAGGAGCAGCGGCCGGGUUAUCAACAGCAGGAUGUCGGCAAUCAUGGCGGCCGCCGUGCUGGCCCUGUGCAGCUGUGCUGCGGUGACGACGGCCCAGCUGGAGAUGGACUUCUACAGCAAGACGUGCCCCAAGGUGGAGGAGAUCGUCCGGCGGGAGAUGGAGGAGAUCCUCACGGUGACUCCCACGCUCGCCGGCCCGCUCCUCCGCCUCCAUUUCCACGACUGCUUCGUCAGGGGCUGCGACGCGUCGGUGCUGAUCGACUCGACGGCCGGCAACGUGGCGGAGAAGGACGCCAAGCCCAACCUCACCCUGCGCGGCUUCGGCACGGUGCAGAGGGUCAAGGACAAGCUGGACGCCGCCUGCCCGGCCACCGUCUCCUGCGCCGACGUCCUCGCCCUCAUGGCCCGCGACGCCGUCGUCCUCUCCAAGGGCCCCUCCUGGCCGGUCUCGCUCGGCCGCCGGGACGGCCGUCUGUCCAUCGCCAACGACACCAACCAGCUGCCGCCGCCCACCGCCAACUUCACCCAGCUCGCCCAGAUGUUCGCCGCCAAAGGCCUCGACGUCAAGGACCUCGUCGUCCUCUCCGGCGGCCACACGCUUGGCACGGCGCACUGCGCGCUGUUCUCGGACCGGCUGUACAACUUCACCGGCCUGGAGAACGACGGCGACGUGGACCCGGCGCUGGACAGCGCGUACAUGGCGAAGCUGAAGGCCAGGUGCCGUAGCCUGAGCGACAACACGACGCUGGGAGAGAUGGACCCCGGCAGCUUCCUGACCUUCGACGCCAGCUACUACCGGCUGGUGGCCAAGCGCCGGGGGAUCUUCCACUCCGACUCGUCGCUGCUCACCGACCCCGUCACCAGGGCCUACGUGGAGCGGCAGGCCUCCGGCCACUUCGCCGACGAGUUCUUCCGCGACUUCGCCGACUCCAUGGUGAAGAUGAGCACCAUUGAUGUGCUCACCGGGUCGCAGGGCGAGAUCAGGACCAAGUGCUACGCCAUCAAUAAUCACUGACGACGUGACUACAUCCAUCCAUCCAUCCAUCCAUCCAUCUCCAUGAACGCUAAUGCUUCGACGUAAUUAAUUUGCAAAUGUUUAUUAAUCUGGUUGGUUUGGUUUGUGCGUAUAGACUGCCGGACGAUGGCCGGGUUUCAUGUUUUGGCUUUAAAUUUGUUUUUGGAGUGCGUCCGUGGUAUGCAUGUUGUUCAACUCUUCUCUGUUGAUUCAUGAAUCAAUGUAUGUAAUAAGUACAAACGUGACAACAAAAUAUACUUUCGCAAUUUGUCACUAGUAUAUAUUCUGUUAGCAUGCAACACUCAUCUCCAAUUCACAUCACAACAACAUUCAAUACAAACCUCAAAUGUUUGG